CAUCUCCCAAUUCCUUCUCUGUCUCUCCUUUUACCCCUUUCCCCUCCGCCUGGUGGGAUAAGAGAGAGGGUUUUCUCUUUCUCAUCUCCCAUCUCUUCUCCUUCUCCCUCAUGCUAACGAUUAAACCCUUUUCCUCUUUCUUCAUCUUCCUUCUUCCUCUUCCUCUUCCUCUUCUUCUUCUCCUCCUCUGACCCAGAAGGGGAAGAAGAAACCUUUUUUUUUUCCCUCUUUUGCCCCCACAUAUCCCAACUCUUUCCCACACCUCUCUUCCAUGGAAUCUGCUUCCUUUGAUCCAACCCCACAAGGGUUCAACGAUAAAGAGUCAAUGGUUGACCCUUUCUUGGUUGAGGCUCUCCAGAAUCCUCGACAUCGUCUUACCAUUUUACGAAUGGAACUUGACAUCCAGAAGUUUUUGCAUAAUCCUGACCAGCAGCUUUUUGAGUUCCAGCAUUUUCCUACUUCAUAUCUUCGACUUGCUGCUCAUCGUGUUGCUCAACAUUAUGGCCUGCAAACCAUGGUUCAGGACUCUGGCAUAGAUGGCUUUGGAAAUAGGAUUGUGGUUCGUAAAAUGGCAGAAAACAGACUCCCUUCUGUGCGUUUAUCCGAAAUACCUGCGAAGCAAUUGGACAAUGAAAAACAUGAGCAGGUCAAAAUUGUCAUCAGACCUAGGCCUAACAAGAUGUCUGGAAUUUCUGCCAAUGAAGGAGGUCACAAACAAAGUUCUGUCAGAAGCGUGGAAGAGAGAAAGGAGGAAUAUGAUAGGGCACGAGCUCGAAUUUUCAGCUCCCCAAGUAGUCCUGAGAUAGAUGAUACAAUAUCUCAAAUCCCAUCUGAAGGAAAGUAUGCAUGCUCAAACAGGGAUGAGACUGAAGGCUGUAGAACCUUGGGUGGUGAAUUGGAGAAAUUUAAUGGCAGGGAUGGCAUGACUUCUCGUGUUGCCAUUUUUAAAGAUAGGGAAAAGGAUCGUAGUGACCCUGAUUAUGAUCGCAAUUAUGAUAGGUAUAUUAGGAACCUUCCAACCAAUCAAAACUUAAGCUUGGCUCCUUUUAUAAUGCCAAAAGUUCAGCCUCCAUUUGUACAAUAUGAUUCGGGUUAUUCGCUCGUGGGUCAUAUGCCCGGAACUCAAGCUUCAGUUAACUAUGGGCCUCAUCCCAGUCCUGUUGUAAGCCCUUUCUGUGCAAUGGGUUUAAACCAGGCAUCUAGGGAUGCUUCUUAUGAGCAGUGGCAGAGUGCUGCAAUGAUGUAUGCCCAUUCCUACAACCAGUUCAGGCAUUCUGCUUUUCAGCCAUCAUUGAAGCAGUUCUGGUAGCCAAUCUUCAAUUUUUGUGAUGCGACAAUUAUGCUGAAAAGAUGCCAAGAUGGGAACAGCUGCCCCUUGGCUGCAAAUGAACCCUUAGGGGGCCUAGAGCAAUAAGUUGGUUAUUAUAGUCUUAGGUUAUAAUAUCUUGUAUUUGAGGUGUAGAUUAUUUUAGUUUGAGUUAUCAUAGGAUGUAUUUGAGGUAUAAACUAUUUUAGUUUGAUUAGUGAUAAACAUUGUAGCGAAAUAGUAAAAACUAUAGCAAAUAGUAAAAACAGUAGAAAAUGAGAGUUUUGGAAUAGUGGUGCUGUAGCUAAUUAGGAAGCACAAAAUAGUAUUUAUUGUAGCAAGAGGCGGUAUGGUCUUAUGAUAACCUUUGCCCUUGACGUCCCUUAGUUUUUAAUACAUUACAUCAAAGGUGUUGAUAACUUCCUCUC